AUGCCUCGCCCAGAGCGGGAACUUGCCCGAAAGAGGCGUUUUCUUCCCUGGGUAGGGUUUGUUGUGCUGCUGUUGCUGGCACAAGUAUGGUUGCAGGCUCGCCAGCCUCUUCCAUACAUGGACGAACUCUACCACAUACCCGCAGCGAACGCGGUGUGUUGCAGAGUCGUUAGCGUAGCUUGCGAGCAAAAUAAGCUAUCUGUCGAAUGGGGACGUAUCACGACACCACCGGGCGCCUACUACUUUGGCUGUCCUCUAUGCUUGCUGUGGCGGGUUUGGCGGUAUGCAACAUGUCCACCAUGGCUCUGGCGCCUCGCAGUCGGCACGAUACCUCUCGCUCUUGCCACAAGGGAAUUGAUGCUCUUCCCUGGGAUGAGUGCCGAGGAAGCAAUCACCCUGGCAACGUUUCUGCCUCUCUUUUUUUCGAGUCUGCUGUGCUACACCGAUACUUUGGCUUUCAUGCUCUAUGUGCGAGCUUGGCGUCAGCAACGCGGGCAACACCCGACUUCGCCGCUUCAAAGCGCCGUGUUUGGGAUGCUCGCUUCAUUAACGCGCCAGUCCUACAUCGUCUGGCAUACUUUUCUGGGGCUCACCGCCCUAGGAGCUGCCGCAAGCACCACCGCGCAACUGGAGAUCAUCUUCGCCCACGGAACUGCGGGUCUCGCAUAUGUGGCCUUUUUCGUAUGGCACGUUCUCAUCAAAGGAGGGAGCAUCUAUCUGGGGGAUGCUGAGCGACACGGACUUUCUACACACUGGUCAAACUGUCUCUACUUUGUCACGACCUGGUUUAUACUGGCUGGUGGCUGGCGCGCCUUGUUUCUCCAAUCCGCAGGCAACUCAUCAGUAGGGAAAUACUUGGCUGUAAGAGCGGAAGCCAUUCGACAAUCCUGGAGAAGAUUCAUUUGUCUCACAACCGUAGCUGCUAUAGCUGUACGUCGAGGCACGUGUAUUCACCCAUUCGUCCUCGCAGAUAAUCGACACUACGUAUUCUAUUUCUUUCGGUAUUUUAUCAUCCCGGGUAAUCUAAGGAGAUACACACUGGUCCCGCUGUAUGCCGUCAGCAUGGCAUGCUGGCUGAGUCACUUGCGAUCUACAGGCCGCAUGGAGCGUCUCUUGCUAUUUUCGGCGACUGCAUUGACGCUAGUGCCCAGCAGACUGGUCGAACCAAGAUAUUUUAUUCCACCGGUUGUCGCAACCGAGCUUCUAGCAGCGCAGCGGCAGCGUAGAACGUUGAGCACUAUCCGUAUGAUUUUGAACCUGCUAUUGGCAUUCGUCUGUUUAUGGUUCUUUCUCGAGAGACCCUUCGAAAGAACGCCUGAUCUGCAUAUUUCUGAUCCAAGUCCAGGUCGUUUUAUGCCAUAA